UGUGGAUACUUCGAAAUACUGACAAUAUAUUGAUGUGUUUGGUAUAACGGAUUAGCGGAGAUACUGCAGCUACGAUUUCUAGGAAAUAUACGAAACCGGAGAAGUGAAUAUUACGGAUUACCGAUAAUACGGAAAGAGUGAAUAUUUCUGAAUAGACAAGAGUGAAAUUGAAAAUAACGGAAUAAAAAAAUAGUGUUUGUUUUUCGGAAUAUCGAAAACUCCGGAGCAGUGAAAAAUCCGGAGUAUCGAAAAUACGGAAGCAGUGGUAAUUACGGAAUACAGUCGCGUUACAAAAAGGGGCCUUGAGAAAACAUAGUCAUUAGAUACUAAUAUAAUAAAAUAUACAAAGGUUUACAGGUAGUGAUAAUAAAGGAUUUUCUGACAGCAAAUUUUAAUCAAAAUAUUGUUCCGUCUACUUAUUAUGAUAGCAUGAUUGUUAUGACUGCAGAUACAGUAAUUGUAUAGGGCACCCUACAUAGUGUUUAUAGUAACUAGACAAUGCGUAUUUUCUAGGGUGAACCGAGUUGUCAUGCUGAGGUGUCGAAUUGCUUAAGAAUCAAUAUCUAUUUUAUGCAUAAUUCUAUAGAUAUUAUUUUUUCUUUGUGUCGAUUGCCAUAUGGACGAGUGUCAGUAAAACCCGAGAUGAAAGAGUAAAAUGACAGUAUUUGCCGAACUGUCAUCCUCGUAUGCAUGCAUAUUCUGCCGAACUGUCAUCCUCGGGUGAAUGUAUAUUCUGCCGAACUGUCACCCUCGGGUAAUGUAUAUUCUGCCGAACUGUUAUCCUCGGGUGAAUGUAUAUUCUGCCGAACUGUCAUACUCGGAUAAAUGUAUAAUCAUUCGAACUGGAUAUGGUAUUAUUAAUUAACAAUUGCAUUGGAACGUUCCUUUCUGUCCCAGAAGAGCUAUUACAUGUACUGUAUAUUGGACAGCUAAGUGUGUAAUCGGAUUUAUUUUUCAUGAGAGCAGAGAGCGAGUAAUAGCUAAAUAGACGUUUAUGUACUAUGUAUGCAAAUCAAUUUAUUUCUCAAUGCCAUUAUCUCACCUCAGACCGCACUUUACCAGGACAAACACUUUAGCCGCUACUGUCUGUCUUCCCUGCGGGUUUCGUCACGCUGUUGUUUGCCAUUUGUUAUUUGUUUAACGGUGGUCGAAAGGUUUUGUCGCGGAGCUAAAAAUAGCCCAAGAUGUCAGCUCAUAUACUACCUGUCGGUGAGCGCACAUGUGCCACACAGCUACACGUGUGUGGGCAGCGGCGCUGUUUACCGGUCAACAUCAUGAGGACAAUCCAUCUUCGCCGGACGUAUAUGUGGGGAUUAUUUAUCGUGGGAUUAUACCUAUACAUUCACCUGCUGUACAUCAAAAAUAAAGGGAUGUGGUUUGACUACGAAAACGUAUCGAAUGAUAUAUCCUCAAUUCAGAGCUACCGUCCCGAGGACAUCGAAGAUGACGAUACCAUUUUGGUGAAUACAUCUGUAGCAGACGAACUUUCCAAAAAGCUCAAAGUUUUUUGUUUCAUCGCCACGACGACGUCGAAUUUACUGACGAAGGCUAAAGCCGUCAACGACACGUGGGGGAAACGCUGUGACAAAAUUCUUUUUGUGACGUCAUCUCCGUCGAAAUUAUCCAUGACGAUUUCUUUUGACAUCGAGGACUCCCGAAGUCAUCUAACGGGAAAGACAAUGUCAAUGAUUAAUUACAUUUAUCGUCACCAUAUCAAUAAUUACGAGUGGUUUAUGAAAGCUGACGAUGACACCUACGUCAUAAUGGAAAAUCUUAAACUUUUGUUGUCAAAAUGUGAUCACGAUAAACCAAUUUAUCUCGGCCACCAUUUCAAAGUACAUUUAAAGCAAGGCUAUAUGAGUGGGGGCGCCGGAUAUGUCAUGAGCCAGACAGCUCUGCGCAUGCUCGUGGAAGACGGUCUCCAGAAAGAUCGAUGUGAUAGGGACGGGAAUGAUGAGGACGUAGAUGUCGGACGGUGUCUGGAGACUGUGGGUGUCCAACCUUAUAAAACCACGGAUAAAUUCGGACGGGAAACCUUCCAUGCAUUUAGUAUACUUAAUUAUAUCAUCGGGCCAGUGCCGGUAUAUUUGUUACAAUACCCACACAAACCUGCUCGCUCAGGGAAAAACUGCUGCAGCCAACUUCCAAUCACAUUCCACUAUACCACGCCAAAGAUGAUGUACAUUACCGAAUACUUCCUGUACCGGACAGCGGUCUACGGGAGACAACUCGCGAAUAUUGACGAUGAUUUUUUCAAACAGGAAAUAUCCCGACUGGACAAAGAUCCGAGUUCGGUCUUCAUGCCUUACGGAGUACACGGGAUCUCAUUGGUGGACGCUAAAUCAAACAAAGAAAAUGGCGGGUGAAUGAUUUCGACUCCUGUUGAAGUAAAUGUACCUGCCGCCCGGAUAAAGAUCGGGUUAGUGUGAGACUGUUCCUCAAUAUGUGUACAUACAAUAUUGUGUGAAAGUCAGGUGUACAUACAAUAUUGUGUGAAAGUCAGUUAUCAGAACAACUUUUUGCAGAUAUUCAACCUUGGUAUGUUAUACAAUCACUCAACCGUUAGGUUGAAUAAAGUGCAAUGAUGAAAAACAGUUAAAUGAAACCCAACUGUUAAUUGAUUCAUAUAUAUGAAAGUGCCCGAAUGAAAUCUGAAUAUUAAUUAUUCCACUCAUAUGAAAUCCAGAUAUUCAGGGAUCACCAUUGUCCUGCUUAAAGUGCUCCUUAGGUGAAAUCUGUGUAUUAAUUUGUCCAAAGAAGAAAUAUCUGUGUAUUUAUUUGUUCACAGAAGAAAUCCUUUUUACAGGGGCCUCUGAUGAAAUCCUGCUUCACCUAGUCCUCAGAUGAAAUUUGAAUAUUGGUUUUGUCCUCAGAGGCAAUCCGGCUUUCAAAUCUUCUAUUAAUUUGUCUUCUGAUGAAAUCUGACGACUAAUGAGAUUUCAAACGAAAUCUAUCGAUGGUUUCUCAAACGAAAUCCUUCUACAAAUCAUAGAUGAAAUCCAACUAUUAAUUGUAUGGUCUUAUGAUGAAAUAAGACUUUUUUCUUCUAAAAAAACUUCGGCGGGGCUUUCGGAUGAGGUUAGAAUUAAUCAAAAGUUCUGAAGAAACCCAUUUAUUGACAUUUUUUGUUUUUCAUUCGUUCAUUCACUUGCAAAUCUUCUUUCUCUUAAAUCAUGACUUUUUAGCUCGUCUCUUCGAAGAAGAGUGAGAGCUUAUGUCGUCACUCCGGCGUCGGCGUUGGUUUUCCAAAUGUUCAA